AUGUCUUCCCGUUAUAGAGUAGAAUACCACCUCAAGAGUCACCGCAAAGAUGGAUUUGUCGAUUGGAUUAAGGGCCUAUUAGCUGCACCAUUUGUCUUACAUGCUGUUUCUCAUGAGUUAGAUGAUUUGACCACUUCACAACGAGUUAGAUCUCAAUACGCUCAAAUCUUUAAGGAUAUCGAAGGUCUAAUUUCUAAUAAGAUCGAGUUUGACGCUAAAAGUAAAGAAUUGGACCAAAAUGGCGCUAGUGACUUGGACUACGAACUCUUGGGAAAGUCAAGGCUGAACAAAUUGGUUCCUACCAUUGGGAAUUUCUUUACAGAGCUUCCUUUAGAAAAGGCGUUCCUAUGGGAGGAUACAUACGGUGCCAUAUCUGAUCGUAGGAUGGUUGCUCCCAGUUUUAACGAUGUGAGAAGAAUUAUGAAUACUGCUCAGGUAUUUUAUUACAAGGAUCAAAAACGCAAGCAUGGCCGUAAUUUGUUAAGAAUGGUGACUUUUGAUGGUGAUGUUACGCUUUAUGAAGAUGGAGGUUCAUUAAAUUAUACAAAUCCAGUGAUUCCCUAUCUGCUCAAGUUAUUGGAACGUGACAUUUAUGUUGGGAUCGUCACUGCAGCUGGUUAUGAUGAAGCUCACAAGUACGAAAGUAGAUUAGAAGGUUUAAUCACUGCAGUACAUGAUUCCAUUUCUUUAACACCAGCCCAGAAGAGCCACUUGACUGUCAUGGGAGGUGAAUCUAACUAUUUGUUCCAAUACCAUGAACUUAGCGCUGAUAACUUUGGGUUUAGAGCUGUCCCUCAAGAUGAAUGGUUGUUAACCCACAUGAAAUCUUGGGAGGAUAAAUACAUGGAACAAACUUUAGACUUUGCUGAAAAGAUACUUCACACUUUGAAACAAAGAUUGAAAUUACCUUCAGAAGCCCCCAUAAUUCGUAAGAAGAGGGCUGUUGGUAUUGUUCCUGGUGAGAAAUUUGAUCCGGUUACUCAAAGGCAAGUACAAGUGAAAUUACAAAGGGAACAACUAGAAGAAAUCGUUUUGACGCUGCAGUCCUCACUAGAGACUUUCCUACCAGCAAGAAGUAUCCAAUUUAGCUGCUUUGAUGGUGGUAGCGACGUUUGGUGCGACAUCGGCGGUAAGGAUUUGGGCCUUCGCGUUCUUCAAAAUUUCUACGACCCUGUUCAUCCAAUUAAAGCCAGUGAAACUUUACAUGUAGGUGAUCAAUUUGCACCUGUCGGAUCUGCUAAUGAUUUUAAAGCUCGUUUAGCUGGCUGCACUUUGUGGAUUGCCUCGCCUGCAGAGACUGUCCAAAACUUACAUAAGCUUCUCGAUGAUUAG